AUAAAAAACAAUUUUAGUGAAGUUUGGAGGAAUAUUGUUGAUUGGAAACCGUUUUGUUAGCUUACUUUGACGCAAGUGCAAACAUCGACCUUCCGGUAAAACAAAGUAUAAUCGGCAUCAUUAAAGCAAUGGAGGGUGAAGAUGAAGUAGCCAAUUUACCGGGGACAAUAAACUCUGCAGAAGAAUCAAACUCCGUAAUUUAUCCAAAGAUCCAAGACAUCGAAGAUCGAAACGACAACCGCAGGGCAAACGCGAAUGAAAACACAGUUAAUGGAACUUUGCCAGAUCCGGCGGCAGUUUCACCAUCUUGGUUUAAUUUUUGGGAUGUUAAUAGCUAUAAGAGAACUGUCAAGCGUAUUGACGAUGGCGCCAGGUUGUGUGAUGACCUUUUGAAACUUUUGGCAGAGAGAGCAGAAAUUGAGGGACUUUACGCCACAAAGCUUGAAGGUAAGUCAUAUAAAAGGUCUGAUGUAGUCAAGGAGAUUACACAGAAGGUUUCUUGUGCAUCAUCUUUUUACUUUUCUUUAUUUUGUCUGUUAUACCGCUAAAAACUACUCGACAAAAACGAUAAUUUUUUGCCUUUUCAGGCGAUUGUAAUGCUGUAAGGCUGUAACUAAAUUUCAUAAAAAUUUACUAUAUGAAUGUUAUUGCGACUUCCCUUUCCUAUUUGUAACAAUUUAUUGGUAUUUUCAGCUUUGUUGAAUACCUGAUACAAAUCUUGAUACUGGCUAGGUAUAAAAGAAUAGGAAAAUAAACCAGCAUUGUAGAUCUAUAACUUCUGCAGUACGUAGCAUAAUUGACGUGCGUGACAUGUCAAACCUGCUGUCUUCAUUCAGCUCAAGUUUAAUGUCAUAACAUUGUUUGCAACUUUCCAUGUGUAGAGCAAAUGGCAUAAUAUCUUGAGAACAUACAGAUCAAAAUACUCUAUUUCAUGGAUUUUUUGUGUCCAAGCCUGAUGUGCAUAUUGGAAGUCGGUAGUCCAUCUCUUCAAAAAAAGUCGGCGAUAAUUGACAGUUAAUCAUUCACGCGCCUUUGUUCAAGGCACAUAAUUAUAUACACUGGAUUCUAUACAUGUAGAACCUCUAUAGCAGGUGUCGAUUUUGACAUGAUUACAUAUCUUAGCAACAUAAGCUAUUUACUAAAGAGAGUCAGAAACAAAGUUGUCUUGGGUGAAAUUAUUAUUUUCUCAAUGUGAAGAUUGUGUCAAAGCAAAAUUAAGUACAUGUAUGUUAAGGUAUUACCUUGUAUGGACAGAUUUUGACCUUUUUAUCCCCUGACAGUUUCUUUCUAAUGGGAUAAAGGCAUUUGUUUGUUAACUUACCGUAUUCACAUGUACUAGUUAGAGUGUUGCAGAGCGAUGUUUCAUCUUGUCGUGAGGUUUUUUCCUUGUUUUGUUUAAAAUCAAUAAUUGUUGCAGUAGCAUCUCUUUUAGAGAAGAAUGUAAUAAAAGUCACUGUUCAGUCGUUUUAAAUGUCUAUGUCCCUUUCUUGUUCCACAUAAAUAACAGUGGCAGUAAUUAUAUUAGCACUUUGCCAUCAGCCAUGUUAAAAAUCUAUAUGUGCUGCAUUGUUGCUGGCAGAAUGUGGCUCUUUUUGGCGGUGGUUCUCAUUAGUUUUGAGGGCAAUGCUCUUCCACCGGCUUUAGAUACUGGUUAGUGUUGGCAUUAGGCAAAAAUUGGAAAAAACUCGUGUGUAAGUGUUGUAAGGUUUACUUUUUCAAGUUGUAUUUGUUUGUAAAUUGUUGAGAGUCUGUGGGAUCUUUAAUCUUUAGUGGCCUAAGCUGCAAUUAUGUUAUUGAGCUUGUUACUCAACCUGCGUAUAGAACUUUCUAUGUUAAAUAAUGCAUAAAGAACUUUAGUGAUGAAUAAUUAAUCACUUGAUUAGGCAUCUAGGUUAUCUUUGGAAAAGUUAAUUUGCAAUGUAAAUUGAUAACAAUUCAUUUUUUUACAGUCUUGAUAUAUCUGUGCCUUUGAAUAAUAAAGUGAAAGAAACUUUAAACCAAUUUUUUUUUACAUUUUUUUUCAUCAUUGUAAAUUAUUUUUUGUGACUUACUGUACACUGUAUGAUCAGUAAUCAUAUUAUUUUAAAUUAAAUUUACAAAUUAUCAUAGCGGAAAAAAACAGCGUGCAAAGAAAGUAUUGUCCGAUAGCCCAGGGCUAGUGGAUUUUGCUAUCGGGCUAGUGAAUCCUUUUUUUAACUUGCCCGAUGGUUAAGUGAAGUUUUUUGGGAAAUUCAAAUUAGAAGAGAACUGUAAUCAACCCUGUUCAUCAAAAAAUGUUUUGGGCUAGUUGAAAUUACUCUUGGGCUAGUUCUUGCUAACCACAGCUUGCCCGAAUGGCAAGCUCUAAAACUGACUUUCUUUGCAGCCUGAAAAAAGAAACUUUGCUCAACCAUAGGCAAGCACCCACAGUGUAUGAAGUACAGAGCAUUUCUAAGGAAAUGCAAAUAAUGCCUGAAUUGAAACUCGGUUUUAAAAGAGCUAAACCAGUGUGAUAUCAUUGAAAUUGUGAUGCUCAUUCUGAUCGUGAAAAAUAAUAAUAAUAUCAUUAGGAGUUAUAGUACUGUUGUGUGACAGCCUUAACAAUCUUGAGGCAAAUCUUGAGAUUGUAGGGUUGAUAAUUAACAAUUAAUGAAUGAGGCUGAGUAUCUUAUGAAGAAUAUUAUUAUGGAGAUCGAGGAGGGUGUUAUUUGUCGAGGCCUCAGGCCGAGGCGGCAAACACCCUCCAAGAUCUCCAUAAUUCUUCAUAUGAUACAAAAGCCGAAUUCAUUAAUUGUUUUAUUAUUCAUUCAGAAUAAUUCCUAGUUUAAUAAACAUAGCUAAAACAUGCCUACCUCCAUCGAUGUUAAGUUCAUCUUUGAUAGUGUACAUUUAGGUUUGUUCAGCUCCGCAAAUAUUCUCCAAAUAGAGCAUGUUGCCCUCCGAGUUGUCUUGUUGCUGUCUUUGCUAUGUUUUUAGCUAUUAUUUUGCCUAGUUCCAGCUGUAGUUCUUACUCUUGAAACGAGUGAAGUGUCGGCCAUUUUUGUUUUCACAACCAAAACAACUCAACCUCUUCCCCAGGUCUUCUCGGUUAAAGGUGCAUUAACCUAGUGUAGUGGGCUGCAUUUUUUAUGCCAUUUCCUCGUUAAACACAAAAGUCUUCCAAAUUUGGUUAUGGUGAAUUAUGCGUGUGCUUUUAGCCAAUCAGAAUUGGGGAAAUAUUUUGAAUGAAUAAUAAUAAUCAUUAUUUCACAUCUCUUUCCAUUUCAAGGGUGGAGCAGAAAGUGGAAUGACCUGGUAAACAAAGGUCCUGAGUAUGGAACAGUGAAAAGUUCCUGGCUAAACAUUACUAGUGAAGCAGAUAAGCUAGCUGAGAUUCACAAUGAACUACAAAUCAGACUUGUUAACCAAGUCCAUGGGAAUGUACAGAAGUGGAAGUCUGCAAACUAUCAUAAAUCAUUACUCAGCUGGAAAGAAACCAAAACUGCAGAGGAGGGAUUCAGUAAAGCUCAGAAACCUUGGGCUAAAAGACAAGAUGAAGGUAAUAAUAAUAAUAAUGAUAAUGAAGAAGAUGAUAAUAAUAAUAAUAAUAAUAAUAAUAAUAAUAAUAAUAAUAACACUUAUCCACAUUGUCAUAGCUGUGCCAGUGGAUCAGAUCCCACUGAAAGUCCAUGCUGAUGAUGCGUCACUACCCAGAUCCUUGUAGUGCUUCUGAUUGGUUGAAGCAAAUUUGCCACCCAGCUCGACCAAUCAGAGGCACUAGCUAGAUCUGGGUAGUAAUGCAUUAUCAGUAUCAAUUUUCUGCACUUGUUUCUCAGACAUCAUUUUGUGGGAAAACAAUGGUAGCAUUGCAAAAUCUGGUAUGUUUUCUCAGGCUAUCCCCUCAGCAAACUUGCUGUUUGCUAUCUACAUGGAAGCUGAUGGGGCAGCAGUAAGUAACCCUUUAAGUGAAGUUCAGAAACAUUUAGUGUUUUGUAAAAAGACUUACAAAUAUUCAGAUCAUGUAAUUUUUUAAUAUUUCAAAAACGUAUGGAGCAGAUGCUUUAUACAUGUACAUUUCACAUGCUGAUUUUGUAAAUGUUGAUUUUUACUUUAGUUUUAAAAUGCAAACGAGCGUAUCACCAAGCCUGCAAAGUUAGAGACCAGACAGAGAGGCUUUAUAAAGAAGCGUGCGUUGAAGGAAGCACAGUCAACGAAGAACAAGUAAAGAAACUGAAAGAUAAAUCUGAAAAAGCUGCUAAUGAUGUGCAAGUCACAAAAGGAAAGUAUGAAGAAAGUCUGAGGGAUAUCGGAAAUUAUAACCCAAAGUAUGUGGAGGAUAUGCGUUAUGUUUUCAACAAAUGCCAGCAGUCUGAAGAGGAGAGGAAGAAUUUCUUUAAGCAAACAUUACUUAAUUACUGCCAGCAGAUGUCAUUAGCACCACACUUUAACAGGUUAGUCCCGUAAAUGAUGAGACCUUGAUCUUGCAUCAGGUGCCCCCAACGACAUUUUCCUCCUAAAUGCAUUGCACUUUUUAGGCUCAAGGGUACCCAUCGUCAAUUUUCGGAAAAUAUCUGUCCGGAAGACGAUUUGAGAUCUAGAAUUUUAGGCACAUUUGUUGUAAAAUUUCUUGCUUGCCUGCCUCUCCUAGGAUUUUUGAACAUCUAAAACAUGGUAUAAUUGCCCAUUUUUAACGGAUUUUUACCCUAAAAAGGUCACCUAGAAUUUUCGGGAGCCUUUCUUCUGGCUGAAGUUUUCGAAAAGGUAAGUUUUGAUCCCUAUAAUUUUCGGAUCACUAGACUUUCAGCUAGGAAAUCCGAACAGAUGAAAAAUUUUUAGGGGAUAAAAAUAUGCCUAUAUUUACCGUUUAAAUACUAAAAUACGUGUAACAAUGCUACGUUUAAGUGGUUUUGAACUAUAUUAUUCUCGUUGGGUGCCACCAGGGUGGAGUACUUCCUGAUACAUCUGAGAGGCUGAUGGGAAUGUGCCGCUGGAUGGGGUCGCAUUUGACUAUAAGGGGGUCGCACAUUUUCUGAUUUUUGGGGUUAGACAGUUCUCCAUAUUUACAGUUAGCAAACGUACCAGAAUGUUUGUAAUGUAGGUGAAAAGUAAAGUGUUCUUAUAAAAGUAAAGUGUUUUAUAAAAUGGGUCAAUUCAUUUUAGGAUGACCUAUUUAAAGGAUUGAUAAGGUAGAUAAUUAAAUAAAAAGCGACUAAGUUGGGAUCGAAAAAAUUACCCUCCUUGCCCGAAAGUGACUAAAAUGGAGUCUAUAAUUGGCCGCAGAAUAGACUGUAAAUGGGGAAAUAAGGGCUCUGAGAGGCCAGCGGCACAUACACAGCAAAAAUUACCCCUAGUACCCCCCCGGGACCUCCCGCUCUGCAUUCAAACGUUCUACCGAUUGAGCUAAUCCCUGCCGCUGCCUGUACAUGUACUUGUUAAUCGAGUUAACUUGCCUUUGAUUGUACAGGAUAUCCAGUAUCUACAGUGAACUGAAUGCAGCUUUUGAAGCAGUAGACGUCCCUGCUGAUAUUUCUUGGUGGUCUGUUAACUGUGGGAUUGACAUGCCAACAAAAUGGCCAGAAUUUGAGGUAAAAAAAAAAAACUGUUAAAUUUCCACGAUUACCGUAAAUAUGGAGGUGUUCAAAUUAAGACUAGUGAGCACUCUUAGUUAUAAAACUAGUUUUCAGAUUCGGCCGGUACAAAUUAAAUACGUUACAAAUCCAAAAUUAAAGGUAAAGAAUUUCCUCUCUUUCUCUGUAAGUUAUAUAUUUGCAAUAAUAAUAAUAAUAAUAAUAAUGAUAAUAAUAAUAAUAGCAAUAGUAAUGGUAAAAAAACGCGUCAGAUCUGAAAAUAUGUUUAGUUUGGAUAUUCUAAAAGAUCUAGAAAUUUCAACUUUAGUUAAAGGUUGUAUAAGUGUCAACCUUCUUUGUCGCAUUGGGUAAACUGUUGCACCAUUUUGACGCACUGUAACUCAACGACUUUAGGCCGCAAUAGGUGAUCUAAUUUACCUUGGGUCCAAUUUUAUGGUGAUCUUGACUCUGUACGAGAAGCAUCCCGCUUUAUUAGGUUACGCAAACUAACAAGUCCGAUAUUACUUGGCCCGUUUAUGUGGAGAAAAAGUCACUCGCCUACCCGAGCUACCCUGGGCAAGCCAACUUUUCAUACAUUUUUUCACAAAACGUGGCGAACCGUUAACACGAGAAAAGGAUGUUGGCUCGCCUUGAAGGGUGACCCGAGAAGCUGGACCAACUUUUCUCCAUUUUUCAACACUUUGGCUCGCCCAGCCGAGUCGACUUUAACAAGCGUUUACGCAAGAAAAAAAUUGACCCGCUUUGCCCAAGCCAACAACGCUUACGCAUGCUCUGAUUGUCUAAAACACUCACAUGACCGAGGUGACCCGGCUGGGCGAGCCAAAGUGUUUUUAUGGAGAAAAAUUGACCCGGCUUGGAGGGUCAUCAUGCCAUGACAAAAGCGUGACUCGGGUAAGGCCGGUCAUCAUUCUAGCUGAGUCAACGUUUUGUUUUUCAUGUUAACGGUUCGCCACGUUUGUAAGGAAAUGUAUGAAAAGUUGGCUCGCCCAGGAAAGCUGGGGCCAAGUUUUCUCCAUAUAAACGGAGGCCCAGGUCAAACGUCAAACUUCACAUGUGACGGACCUGAUGCUAAUUAGCAACAUCUAUUUUUCUCACUUAUUAGCAUUAGGUUCGUCAAAAGUUUGACGGUUGAACAUAGCCUAAUGUAUUCACGGAGUCCAUCUUUACUGACAAAAAGGCGAUCACUUAGCUGGCUUAACUUUCAUACUAUGCUGAUCAGUUAUAGUGUUAGUACCCGUUCGCAACAAAUUACUGAAUUAAAUAACAACGCAAAAUGUACAUUAAUAUUCCAGGAAUACACAGGACAAGAGGAGCAGCAACAGACAGUCAUACUACAGCAACAACAGACAGCUGUCAAUCAAAAAGAUGACCCUCAAGCAGACUCUAGUUCGCCUGGAACCAAGAAGAGUUCUGUUUGUACGACACUAUAA